ACUUCCUCAAACCUCUGAUGAGCUGCUGCUGCUCGACUCUGAGGUGCAUUGUUUUUUUGAUGAGAAGCGUCUCUAGGUACCAUCCCUGACCUGGUCCUCAUGCUGCCGAGGCUGUUGCUGUUGAUCUGUGCUCCACUCUGUGAACCCGCCGAGCUGUUGUUGAUAGUCAGCCCCUCCCAUCCCACAGAGGGGAGCCCAGUGACCCUGACCUGUAAGAUGCCCUCUCUACAGAGUUCAGAUGCCCAGUUCCAGUUCUGCUUCUUCAGAGAUGCCCAGGCCUUGGGCCCGGGCUGGAGCCGCUCCCCCAAGCUCCAGAUCGCCAACAUGUGGAAAGAAGACUCAGGGUCCUACUGGUGCGAGGCACAGACAAUGGCAUCCAAAGUCUUGAGGAGCUGGAGAUCCCAGAUAAAUGUGCACAGGGUCCCUGUUGCUGAUGUGAGCUUGGAGACUCAGCCCCCAGGAGGACAGGUGAUGGAGGGAGACAGGCUGGUCCUCAUCUGCUCAGUUGCUGUGGGGACAGGAGACAUCACCUUCCUUUGGUACAAAGGGGCUAUGGGUUUAAACCUUCAGACAAAGACCCAGCGUUCACUGACAGCAGAGUAUGAGAUUCCUACAGCGAGGGAGAGUGAUGCUGAGCAAUAUUACUGUGUAGCUGAAAAUGGCUAUGGUCCCAGACCCAGUGGGCUGGUGAGCAUCACUGUCAGAAUCCCAGUGUCUCGUCCUAUCCUCAUGCUCAGGGCUCCCAGGGCCCAGGCUGUGGUGGGGGAUGUGCUGAAGCUUCACUGUGAGGCCCUGAGAGGCUCUCAUCCGAUCCUGUACUGGUUUUAUCACGAGGAUGUCAUCUUGGGGAGCAGCUCAGCUCCCUCUGGAGGAGGAGCCUCCUUCAACCUUUCCCUGACUGCAGAACAUUCUGGAAACUACUCCUGUGAGGCCAACAAUGGCCUGGGGGCCCAGCGCAGUGAGGAGGUGACACUCAACUUCACAGUGCCUCCUGGGGCCAGAAGCAAUCAUCUUACCUCAGGAGUCAUUGAGGGGCUCCUCGGCACCCUUGGUCCUGCCACUGUGGCCUUAUUAUUUUGCUACGGCCUCAAAAGAAAAAUAGGAAGACGUUCAACCAGGGAUCCACUCAGGAGCCUUCCCAGCCCUGUACCCCAAGAGUUCCCCUACCUCAACUCACCUACCCCAGGACAGCUACAGCCUAUAUAUGAAAAUGAACCAAGAGAACAAUCAGUGGCUGUGCAUGGCAGACAACAGCAUUCUUCAGAGCAGAAGGCUCAGAAACCCUGGGGACACAUAUGGACGACCAGGUUUCCUUAGACAUCUAUUCCAGGCUGAGGAAAGCAAACAUUACAGAUGUGGACUAUGAAGACGCUAUGUAAGGUUAUGGAGGAUUCUGCUCUUUGAAAACCAUCCAUGACCCCAAGCCUCAGACCUGAUAUGUUCUUCAGAGAUCCUGGGGCAUUAGCUUUCCAGUAUACCUCUUCUGGAUGCUAUUCUCCGUGGCACUAUUCCUUCAUCUACUGAUCUACUGUGAAGUGAAGUUGGCGCAGCCCUGAGGAAACUACCUAGGAGAACUAAUAGACACAGGAGUGACAGGAACUUUGUUAUCAGAACCAGAUUCCUGCUGGCUCCUUUGAGAAAGGUCAACUUGUGCUCUUCUAUUUACAAGAGAAAACAGGAUGGAAUAAAAUAAAUUAGGAUCUUGGGAUGGAGGGACAGUGAAGCUUAGAGCACAUGAACUCAAGGUUAGUGAUUCCGCAGGACUUCACAGAGAAAACUGUGACCAUCAUCAUUCAGUCCAAGUGCUUUCUCUGCCCAGACAGCACAGAACUCCAGCCCUGCCACUUACAUGGGUCAUCGAGUUUCCAUCUAAAAUAUGAUUCUAUUUAUUUUGAGUCACUGUUACCAAAUUAGAAUUAAAACAAAGUUACAUAAAAAGUUAUUGUGAUUACACGUAAUUUUAGUCACAUAUUCUGUAUAUGUAGGCCAACCUAUACCACAUCAAAAAUUAUGUAUCUACUACAGCCCCUAGAAGCUUUAUGAAUAAGUGUGUCUUCUUUUAUUCACAACAUUUUUGAAAUCGUGGUAAUAUGGUUUGAAGUCUGUAUCUUAUUUUUUCGUUUUUAAAUUUGAGACAGGAUCUCACUCUGUCACCCAAUUUGGAAUACAGUAGCACAAUCUCGCCUCACUGCAACCUCUGCCUCUCAGGCUCAAGCGAACCUCUCACCUCAGCCUCCUAAGUGGCUGGGACUAUAGGCACAUGCCACCAAACCUGGCUGAUUUUCGUCUUAUGUACAGACCAGAUUUCACCAUUUUGCCCAGACUGGUCUCAAACUCCUGGGCUCAAGCAAUGUAUUUUAAUUUUAAAACAACCAGACACUCAUUCUUAUGAAUGAAUAAACAUUUGGAGGUAUAUAAAGUAAAAAGUUAAAGUCUUUCCUGUAAGUUAACACAAAUGUUUACUAUUGCUAAAAACUUUACAGGUAGCUCUCUAGAUAGUUUUCUAUUUUUGUGUACAUACUUAUACAUACAUGUAAGUAUAUAAACAUUUAGAAGUAUACCUAACAAACCAUCAUGAAAUAUUUUCAAAUAGAUCUAUUAUACUAUUUUAAAAGUCUCUAUAGUGGUGUGUUAUAUAGAUAAAUCAUAACUUUUUUCUUUUUUUUAUUGUAGUAAAGAUACAUAACAUAAAAUUGAUCAUUUUAACCAUGUUUAAGUGUACAGUUCAGUGGCAUUAAGUACUAUCAUAAUAUAUUUUAAUCCUUCUCACCACUGGUGGACAUUAAGGAGGUUCCAAAAUAAUUCAUAUUAUAAAAACAAAGUUCAAACAAAUGUCUUUGUACAAGCAUAUUAUGCACUCCUGCUGGACUAUCUGAAGGAUAAACUUGCAAAUCUAGUAUUGCUAGAUUAUGCAUAUUAAAUAUUCUUGUUAAAUAGUCUUCAAUGUCUCUAAGGUAAGGCUGUAUCAAUUUAUAUCUCCACCCAUAACAUCUGGGAAAUCAGUUUGUGGGAUGUGUUCGUUAGUUCUCACAUUGCUAACAAAGACAUACCCAAGACUGGGCAAUUUAUAAA